UAAUCUUUCGAAGGAUCAAAAUACCCCGUACCAGAAACCAACCUUAGCCUUUGGAUAGAUUAAAUUCCCAAAUUGAUUAAUUAAUUCCCUACUUAUGUUUGUUUUUUUUUUUUUCUUUUUUUUAAGGGAAAUUCCCUACUUAUGUUGAAUUUUAUAUAUAACCAAAUAUUAAAUUCCCAUAUUUAUUUCCAUAAUUAAUAAAGGUCAAACUAAGACAUUCAUAAUUAAAUAAAUUCAACAAAAGAGAGCAGAUAGUGACAUGACUAUUAUUAAUUGGAUAUUGCCUGCCUCACUAAUCGCAAUAAUAGCUACAAAAAGUUCUUAUAAAUAGAGACUCUCGAGACUUCAAACAUGCAAGCAACGAUAAUAUUUCUAGCUCAAAAACUAUAAUACACACAUAUUACAAUAUCUUACUAGUACACACAUUUUAGUUGCAAUACUUACAUUAUGGAAAUUGGUACAAACUUUGAGCGUAACGCCGAUCUAAAGGCCUUUGAUGAGUCCAAAAUGGGAGUGAAAGGCCUUAUUGAUGCGGGUGUAACACAAUUACCCCGAAUUUUUGUCAAUGACCUACCAUCCCCAGACUCAAAAAAGGUCAAUGACGGACUAAAGCUAAACAUCCCGGUGAUAGAUUUCACCGGGUUAGAGGAUGGAGGUCCUGUGAGACGAAAGGAGAUUAUAAAGGAGUUAUCCGAUGUAACUGAAAAGUGGGGGUUCUUCCAGGUUGUGAACCAUGGGAUCCCCCAAGACAUGUUGGAAGAGAUGCUCAAAGGUGCUAGGAGGUUUCAUGACUUGGAUGCCGAGGCCAAAAGAGAGUACUAUGUUCGUGGAAUCGACACGAAAAAGAAAUUCGUGUUCACGUCCAAUUUUUAUCUCUACACCGGUCAUGUCACAAAUUGGAGGGAUACCACCGUUACCACCAUGAACCCUAUGCCUGAUCCUGAAGAAAUUUCCGAGGCAUGCAGAGAUAUAAUGAUGGAGUAUGGCAAAAGUGUGAGGAAGCUAGGACUAACAUUCAUGGAGCUAUUAUCCGAGGCCAUGGGUCUAAACCCGAACCAUUUGGAAGACAUGGAUUCUGCUGAAGAUUAUUUGCUCUUAACCCAUUAUUAUCCUCCAUGCCCACAACCCGAAUCGGCUAUAGGCAUCAACAAGCACGCUGAUAACGACAUCCUUACGGUGCUCCUACAAGACGAUAUUGGUGGACUUCAGGUUCUUCAUGAUGAUAUUUGGUAUGAUGUUCCUCAUAUUCCUGGUGCCUUGGUCAUCAACACUGGAGAUCUUCUACAAUUGAUCAGCAAUGACAAGUACAAGAGCGUAAUCCAUAGGGUGCAAUCAAAGAAAAUUGGUCCUAGAAUUUCAGUGGCAUGUUUCUUUAGGCCUAGCUUGAAGAACCCUAGAUUACUUGCACCAAUUAAGGAAUUAUUAUCGGACGAAAAUCCACCAAUUUAUAGAGAAACAACUGCUGGUGAAUAUCUUGCUCAUUAUUAUAAAACUGGCCAAGAUUAUGGUGUUCAACCAGCACUUGAAAAUUUCAAGCUCAACAAAUAAAUUUAUAUAUAUAAUUAAAUAUGUAUGCAUGAAAUAAUCCAAACUUCGAAAUGUAAACUAUAUUUAUACACGUAUAAUUUAUUCAUCUUAUCAUUUACUUCGUAUAUUGCCAAUGCUAGUUUGUAUCGAUCUAGUAGUCACUACUAGAUCAUUGCUCAUAACUUGUAUGUCAUUUUUAUUAUAUUUCAAUUUCGAUCAAAUAAGUGUUGUAAAAGCACGUUUCAUACGGAGUAUGUCAAUAAAUAAUAAAAUA